UUAAUAAUUAACAAUGAUCAGGUAUAUCGGAAAAACAAUGUUUGUUAUAUAGUUUUGGGUAUUUGCAGAGCCAAAAACACUACCGAGGGAGGAGACAAACUCGCCAACAAGCCGCCCUCCUCUCCGGGUCCCCUGAUUGACCAUGACUUUAUAUAUUGUCUGAACUGCAGCAGAUCACUGGCGGUAAGCCAGCCUUUGGAAGUUGAUACGGAGAAGUCGGACAAUUCCACGAAGAGUCUUGCAGAAUAUUCGAAACAACCGCCCAGGCUCACCUGGGCCGAAUUAGGUUCCAUGGAUGUGGAUGAGGAGUCGGUACCCGAAGAAGACAUUCAGUACCGCUGGAACUCGCCUCGCCUGAUGAUCCUCUGCGAAGAUGGCGACAUUAACUGCGCCAUGCACUAUCUGUGUGAGUCCCUGCACGAUCCCUUUGCCAGCAACUCGGUGGCCACUCUUCUGCUGCAGGAAUCGCUGCUGGAGGAGUUCAUUGAUCGUGUGAAGGACCGCUUAGAGCCGCUUAGCUCGCAGAUCUCGGGCCACCCAGUCUUCCUGCAAACGCUGCAGCGGUUGGAGCUUCUGCAGGCUAAAACUACAAGGGGGAAUCCAAAGAAAGUGCCGCUGAACGAAAGUCCUGUGCUGGUCUACGACCUUAGCCAGCGGUAUUUGGGAAAGGGACCUACUGGCGUGAUUACGGUCCACACUUUCCGGACCAUGCAAGAGGCCAUCAAGUUGCAGUCCAAGGAGUCGCUGCCCUUCACUUCGGUCACCAUUUGGAACGAGAAACUGGCAGCCGCCUACGAACUGGUGGCGCGAUUCAAAAUGUUGAUCUUCCUGCUGAACUGCUUCUACGUGGACCUCGGCCCAAUAAGCAUGGCCUUCUCGAUGAACCAGAACUCAGUCAAGAUUGUGGACGGCUACCACUACGAGACGCUGACCUUUCGAAGCGACCGUAAGGUGAUUGUCCAUCCCGUUGGCACCAUUUGGGCCAACUUGGUCCACGAGCGAGCCCUCAGUUUCUGAUCUGUGCCAGCUAGCGAACUCACUUGAACCCAAAACUUUUACCUAGCUGGAAAUUUAAAUUAUUCGUCAUUGAUCUGAGCCCGUUGGCUAAUUGACUUUCCGGCUGGGCAACUCAAUUAGCAAUUUAAUUGCGAAAAUAAGUCUGCCCAUCCCUGGUGCCUCUGGCCCAUCUAUCUUCAACUCAACAGGCUUGCCAGGCAAUGUAAUAAUCAAUGGAAGUAAAAUUGUGAGUGACUCUGUAUUGUGAAAUUAAAAAUUCCUUCUGCGAAGUAA